AUGGUUUGGAAACCGCUCCCUCGCAUAGCCUUCGCCGUCGCCAUAUACCCCUUCCAAGCCUCAUCACCCGCGGACCUACCUCUCGAGAUCGGCGACGAGCUUUACAUCAUAGAACAAGGAGGAGUCGAUGGCGCCUGGUACCGCGGCUAUCUGGUUGCGCCGCCAUCACUGCUGUCGGGCCUAACCAGCGUCAAGGGAAAGACGUUAGAAGCGCGCGUAUUCACCGGCAUAUUUCCGCGAUGUUGCGUUGAAGUGCGGGAACUGCUGGCGGAGGGAAGGGUGCGCCGGCGCAGUGGGGGGCACGGUGAACGAAUAGCGAACUCGUACGGGCAAGGCGAUCAGGGCGAGCACCGCUCAAACGGAAUCAUCACACCACCGGACAGCAUACAUGCAGGCGAUCCUCUGUGCAGAGCAGACAGCGGACUCAAAAACAGAACCUCAAAGUCGAGCACACCGUCAGGGCUUGAUUCCGUCGUUCCAGGCCACUCGAGUAUUAGACAUGGGUGGCAUGGUGGAAAGCGAGCAAAAACCCAAGCGACCGAACAGGCAACCGGGACAGGGGGUAUGCAGAGCCUUGCUCAGCUUCCAACAUCUUUCGACCACCGCGAUCCGAACUCUCCAAGACCAAAAGCGCCAGUGCCAAUGUUGAAGGUUGGUGACGAGACCAUCACUUCCGCUGAAGAGCCGCUUGUGGAUGAAAUUGCAUCGUGUCUCAGGGAAUGGCACUCCCUCAAGCUUCAUGAGUUUCUCCUCGCUAGGCGGUACAGCGGCUUAGACAAGAUGUCCACUCUAGUGCAGAAGUUGGAUACUGCGCGGCGGCAGCUGCUCCACAAGGUUCUGACUGCGCAAGAGCUUCACAGCCUGCGGGAGACGAUCAUAUGGGACUUGGUGAACGGCAACAAGAUGUUCAACGGGGAGGUCAUUGUACGGAGCGCUGAGCAGAGAGGUCGAAUCCUGACUGCAGAUGAUUCGGCUGUCGAGCUUACUGCACUGCAAUCCAUGAUGAGUCUGUUAGACGAGCGGCCCGUGCCUAGUGUUGACGAGCACAGGCUUCAUCACCUCGCUGUUGAACUGAAGACCUUCUCUGGGCAAGCAGAAGAACCGACUACCAUCAAUCUGUACCUAUGCUCGAAGAGCCCCGGGGAUGCGCCAAGGCCACUAUCCGAGAUGUUCGCCAUCGACAUCCGUGCCAAAGAUGCAUUGUCAGCAGCCGGCUCUGAAGACACACUAAGGACUCUUUUCACCGAUCUGAGCGCUGCAGACAUCGGGGAAGGAGCAGGUUCCGGAUCAAAUCUUUUCUUAGUUCUGAAAGUCCUGACAAAUGCACCUUUCCGGACUUCAACUACCCUCCCUUGGAUACCAAAUCCGCCUCGUGAGAGCACUUCUAGCCAGUCUUCGCCGGACAUCUACCAGUCAAAUGCAAACAACGUCAAACCCGGCAGGAGAAGUCUUAUGUGGAGUCAGAAGAACCAAAAGGGACGAAAGGACUCGGAACAUUCGAUCAAAGUUUCUGAAACACGACCAACGAGCGGAUCGUCCAACCGUGCCAACGCAAUAGAGCCACGAAACAUUCCUGCUACAAGAGCAACGUCAUCAAGAGACGCGAAGACAGCAAAGCGUACAGUUGCCAUUGGUGUCCUACGCGUUGACCAGCUGCUGAAGGAUCACGGGGAAGCCGAGCGGGACAUGACCGUCUGGGCUCCAGCUCCCGGGUUCGAGGAGACCGAAGAGCAGGGUCGAUGGGACAAUCUCAUUCCUGAGCUUAUUUCUAGUCCGACCGGGCAAUACAGGCAGUACGCGACCAUCAAUCACUUCCGAAUGCAUUUGAAAUCAUUCGAGCAUGCGGACGCAGAAACCCUUGUCGAGAAAACACCAACCCUGCUCCACAGUAUCUUCCAGACGCGCAAAAUUGGCUUCUCCGGAGCGCCCACAAAGCCGCGAAGUGACAUAUACCUCACCUUGAUUGAGCCGUUCCUGCCACGUAAUGCGAGUCUGUCCCAUCCAAAAUCUGGAAGUGCGCCGCUGGCGGCGCAGACAGGCAUGGCUAAUCUUCAACUCACGCUUGAGGUUCGCAGGUCGACCGGCGAGCGUAUCGAAAACUGCAUCUAUCCGUCAUGCAACAGCGCUGGACACACUGCUUGGCGGACCCCUGCUAUAGAGAGAGGCGAAUCCUGGAAUCUCACCGUCCGCCUCGCCAUCAGCUCUGAGGAUGUGCCUGGGUCGCAUGUGGUCAUGAGCAUCGCUGAUGCCCCAGGCUUUCCAUUCGCCCUCUGCUGGAUACCUCUCUGGAGUCGCGAAGCCUUCAUACGCGAUGGGGACCAUUCCCUUGCUUUGUACAAGUACGAUGAAUAUACUUCAAGCAUGAUUUCAGGACGAGGGGCCUAUCUUGCGCUUCCGUGGAGCACUAGAAAGAAGGACGAGGCAUUUUUCGUGCCUUCGAUGGCUGCGUUGCGGCUCCGCACAUACCUCUGUAGUACGAAAUACUCUCAGGAUCCGAAUCUCCUGGGCCUCCUUAAGUGGAGAGAGCAAGGUGCGGGGGAAGUGAUUGCUGUGCUCAAGAAGUUCCCUUUUGUCCCAGAGAUCGAGAUCGUUAAGUUACUGAAUGAAGUCUUCGAUGCCUUGUUCGAAAUUUUGAAUGAGUACGCAGGAAGCGAAGAGUACGAGGACCUCAUCUUCAAUGCUCUGGUGGCGGUGCUGGGAAUCGUCCACGACCGGCGCUUCAGGCUGAGCCCUCUUGUUGAUCAGUACGCGAAGACCCAUUUUCAGUACCUGUCUGCAGCUCCUUGCUUGCUUCGGAGUUUCAAUCGCCUCCUGGCCAAUCCUCUGGACUCGGAUGCAUCUCGGAAGCUACGCGCUGCGUUCAAAGUUGGAGGGCACGUCUUCAAGUUCAUCGUAACCGCUCGACAGCAGCAGUCUAUUCAGCAAGCGGGUGUUGGCAUCAGCAGACAGUCCAACUUCGCCAGAGAUUUACAAACCGUUUUUACAUCAAUGCAGGCCCUCAUGUUAAACUCCGCUCCAGUACUGGUUGGGACCAAGACGCUGCUGGUCCAGGCCUUCCACACAUGGCUGCCGGAACUCAUGCCUUUGCUAAAUGCCCAGGAGGUCUUAAAAGUAGCCACCGGCUUUGUCGAGUCUUGUGCCAACGUCCAGGGGAGGCUGAUCCUCUACAAGCUGGUUCUUUUAAUUCAUCUCUCUCACCUCAAUGUUCUCAAGACACCGGACCUCCGGCGCCGCCUCAUCCAUAGCACGAUUCGCUGGAUCGCACCCCACUGGGGAGUGACCGAAGCCGUCACUGAGCAGUGGAAAGACCAAGUCCGUUUGUGCUGCUCUGUGGUUGCAUCUCAGCUGAGCGAGCUUGGACAAGAGGCUUGUGAAUACAUCCCGAAGCUGGUCGAUUCUUACCGUUCAAUCCGGUCCACGCCGCAAUCAUCAAAAGAGCAAUUGUCAUUGCUGUUCCCGUCGUCAUAUCCGUUCCCGACCCGAUCCACUGCCGGCAGCGCGAGGUUCGACGAGGCCCUAGUCGAAAUCUCCGCCGUGCUCGCUGCGAUAACUAAUCUGCCAAUGAACAUUCACCUUGAUCUCCCAAGAGAUGACCUUGCCGAUUUCCUUCUCAAAACACUACAAGUGUACAUCUCUAUACUAAACGGCGAGGCAUUUCCGAAGUCGUGGUUGAGUGUGUACAGCUUCCACCACAAAUCCACCAUCAAGUCACUGGGGAAGCUUUCCAGCAUACUUAUCGAACACUUCGUCCCUGACCCGGAUGAGAUUGAUCAGUUCAAUACCGAGCUCUGGCGGGCGUUCUUCGAUGCGCUGCUGAAAGUUGUGGGCAGCGACGCACUUGCGCUGGAGGUCUUUCCCGAACAGAAGCGAAGGGCUGUGUGGAAGAUCGCAGGCGAUGUUCGCGAGCUUGGUGCGGAAUUGCUACGCCUCAGCUGGGAUGCGAUAGGAUGGGAGACGGAUGCUGAAGAACGCAGAAGUUACGGCAUAGAGAAGAUGGGAGGGUUCCAGGUUCAGUACGUCCCCAGCCUCGUAGGGCCGAUCGUGGAGCUCUGUCUGAGCGUCCAUGACGGUUUGCGGGGCGUGGCCAUCGAGGUCCUACAGAGCAUGAUUGUCAGCGAGUGGACGUUAAGCCAAGAUCUGGAAAUCGUACAAGCUGAGAUCGUCGAAUGCUUAGACUGCCUAUUCAAAACCAAGCGUCUUACGGAGAGCCUCGAUCAGCAGCUCUUCGUCAAAGAGCUUACGGAAUUGUUCGAGCCCUUGGCGCAGAUCCCAGACGAACCGUUGUACUCUGCAGUGAAGGGUCUGAUCUCGACAAUUGACGAGCUGCUUGAUUUGUUGGUGGCUGUGCACAGUACUGGGUCUACCGAGAGUGGCUUCCAUCUUAUGGAUACCCUCCACCUGAUGGAGUUUCUCAAGGAUUUACGGAAAGAAGAUAUAUACAUCAAGUACGUGCACGAUCUAGCACAGCUACAAAGUGAAUCCGGAAACCACACAGAAGCUGGCCUUGCGCUGCGUCUACAUGCGGACCUUUAUCAAUGGGAUCCUACCGUAGCUGUAGAGGCGCUGGUCGAUCCGCUCUUUCCUGCGCAAACUGAGUUUGAGCGCAAAGAGCAACUCUACUUCAGGAUGAUCAAGCAGUUUGAGGAAGGUCUAUCCUGGGAUAACGCUCUUGACGCCUAUUCGGAGCUCUUGGACCAGUACGAACACAGCAUCUUCGACUUCUCGAAGCUUGCAAGGGCGCAGAGAGCCAUGGCAACCAUCUAUGAGAGUAUCAGCAAAGGCGAAAUAGAGAACCCCCGGUACUUCCGCGUGGUGUACAAGGGCUUGGGUUUCCCUAGUGGACUCAGAGAUAAGCAGUUCAUUUUUGAGGGCCGGCCGAACGAUCGGGUGGCGACAUUCACAGAUCAUUUACAGAAGCUGCACCCCGCGGCACAGAUACUGACACAUGCCGGCGAAGAAGACCUCGAAGGGCAGUAUCUCCAAAUUUCUGCCGUCAGCCCGCAAAGAGACCUGCUUCACCCAAUUUGCCAGCGUGCAAGGGUGCCGCAACAUAUUCGCGAUUACUGUUUGCUAUCCAGGCCAGGGCAAUUCGCGACGACUUCACGGAGGCAGCGUAGCGACGGUAACGCCUAUGGAGCAACUGUGCAAAAGACGGUGUACACGACUGCUGAGCACUUUCCAACCAUACUAAAGAGAAGUGAGAUAGUCGAGGUGGCCACCGUAACUUUGAGCGCUUUGCAGACCGCGGUAGAGCGAACCACACGGAAGACAUCGGAGCUGUUGGCGAUCGAGAAACGCAUCACGGAGGGGGAAGACGGCGCUUUCAAUCAACUGACUGACGCGCUAAUGUUGUCGGUGGUGUCCGCGUCCGAAUCGAGCGUUGCGAACCACCGUCGGCUUCUGCCACAGCGCGAAGACGGCGAUCUUGAUGAAGACAUCGAGCAGGAGCCCUCGAUGGAUCCGUUGCAAAACGCGCUUAGGACAGCCAUGGUAGAUCAUGCGGUCGCGAUCAAGCGUUGUCUAGGCCUGUUCUCCCGACCAGCUCAGCAGGCUACCAAAGCACAUCUGACGGAACGCUUCGAAACUACAUAUGCACCAGAGCUAGAAUUCCUCGCCGCGGGAGUUCCGGGUUCCUUUAUGCGCUCGCCCACCGGAUCUUGGCUGGCUCACGCUUCGCCGUCCCUCGCAGCUGCCUCUGUACCAUCUCGGUCUUCCAUGGAUGACAUACAUCACUCACGAGUGGCUUCAUCUGACUCACGGCAUACGCGCCAUGACAAGUCCCGGCUUAGCCUCACAUUCCGCAAGCGGUCUUCAGCGAUGGCAGAUCAGCACGCCCAGAGUCAAGCCGGUGCGACGAGGUCGAUUGAUGAGACUCGCGACGAGUUCAUACCCACACGUAGCAAGGGGUCGAGCAGUCGUCAGCUGAGCUCGCUGGAGGACAAUGCGACGGCUGACCACAACGGGCAGGAUUUGGAUGCACUAACGCCGAGCCAGCGCAGUAUGAGCGGUGAGCGGCAUGAGACAACGAGAAGCGAUCAAUCGUUCGGGGAGAAAGUUGGUAGCGUUAAGAAGAGGCUGAGCCUUUUGAGUAUUGGGAAAAAGGCAAGUAAGAACAGUGUGAAAGAGACAAGAUCGCCGAGGAGCGUGGCUGAGGAGUAG